ACCUCGCCUCCCGAUUGGACGCCGGGCUGCGGGCUGCGGCUGUGAUUGGUUGGCGCCGCGUGUCGAUCAGGAGGCGGCGGUAGCGGCGGGGGUGCAGGGCUCCGGAGGCAUCAGAGUGGAAUUGGUCUUCGGCGAGGCAAGAGCUAUUAUGUACGGCUUCGUCAACCACGCCUUGGAGCUGCUGGUGAUUCGGAACUAUGGCCCCGAAGUCUGGGAGGAUAUCAAGCGGGAGGCCCAAUUGGAUGAAGAAGGGCAGUUUCUAGUCAGAAUUAUUUACGAUGAUUCCAAAACAUAUGAUUUGGUUGCUGCAGCAAGCAAAGUUCUUAACCUUAAUGCUGGAGAAAUCCUUCAGAUGUUUGGGAAAAUGUUUUUCGUGUUUUGCCAAGAAUCUGGUUAUGACACCAUCCUGCGUGUGUUGGGUUCAAAUGUCCGAGAAUUUUUGCAGAACCUUGAUGCUCUGCAUGACCAUCUUGCCACAAUAUACCCAGGCAUGCGUGCCCCUUCCUUUAGAUGCACUGAUGCAGAAAAAGGGAAGGGACUCAUUCUGCAUUACUACUCAGAGAGAGAAGGUCUCCAGGAUAUUGUCAUUGGGAUCAUUAAAACAGUUGCUCAGCAAAUCCAUGGCACAGAAAUAGAUAUGAAGGUUAUUCAGCAAAGAAAUGAAGAUUGUGAUCAUAUUCAAUUUUUAAUUGAAGAGAAGGAGUCUAAGGAAGAGGAUUUUUAUGAAGACUUGGACAGAUUUGAAGAGAAUGGCACCCAAGAGUCACGAAUUAGCCCGUAUACUUUUUGCAAGGCUUUCCCUUUUCACAUUAUAUUUGACAGAGAUCUAGUUGUCACUCAAUGUGGCAAUGCAAUAUAUAGAGUCCUUCCACAGCUCCAGCCAGGAUACUGCAAUCUACUGUCAGUAUUUUCAUUGGUUCGGCCUCAUAUUGACAUUAGUUUCCAUGGAAUCCUCUCACAUAUCAACACAGUUUUUGUGCUGAGGAGCAAGGAAGGGCUAUUGGAUGUGGAAAAGUUGGAAUGUGAAGAUGAGUUAACUGGUACAGAAAUCAGCUGCUUGCGGCUCAAGGGUCAAAUGAUCUACUUACCUGAAGCAGAUAGUAUUCUCUUUCUUUGUUCUCCCAGUGUGAUGAAUUUAGAUGAUUUAACCAGAAGAGGGCUGUACUUGAGUGACAUUCCACUGCAUGACGCCACCCGUGACUUGGUCCUUUUGGGGGAGCAGUUUAGAGAGGAAUACAAACUAACACAAGAAUUGGAGAUACUAACAGACAGGCUUCAGCACACAUUAAGAGCACUGGAAGAUGAAAAGAAAAAGACAGACACAUUGUUGUAUUCUGUGCUUCCUCCAUCUGUGGCCAAUGAGCUGAGACACAAGCGUCCUGUACCAGCAAAGCGUUAUGAUAAUGUGACCAUACUUUUCAGUGGCAUUGUUGGAUUUAAUGCCUUCUGCAGUAAACAUGCUUCUGGAGAGGGAGCCAUGAAAAUUGUCAAUCUCUUAAAUGACCUUUACACAAGAUUUGAUAUUCUGACUGAUUCACGGAAAAAUCCCUUUGUUUAUAAGGUUGAAACAGUUGGAGACAAAUACAUGACAGUAAGUGGUUUGCCAGAGCCAUGCAUCCAUCAUGCACGUUCUAUCUGCCAUUUAGCACUGGAUAUGAUGGAAAUAGCUGGACAGGUUCAAGUUGAUGGAGAGUCUGUACAGAUAACAAUAGGCAUUCACACAGGAGAAGUAGUCACAGGUGUCAUUGGUCAAAGGAUGCCCCGUUAUUGUCUUUUUGGAAACACCGUUAAUCUGACAAGCAGGACAGAAACCACUGGAGAGAAAGGAAAGAUCAAUGUCUCAGAAUACACAUACAGGUGUUUAAUGACUCCAGAAAAUUCAGACCCACAAUUUCACUUGGAACACAGAGGUCCUGUUUCCAUGAAGGGUAAAAAAGAACCAAUGCAAGUUUGGUUUUUGUCCAGAAAGUGCACAGAGACGGAGGAAGUAACACACGAUUCUAACUGAACCAGGCGAAACAUAAGAAGACAAAGAACAGAGUCGAACACUGUGUCCUGCCACUAACAUAGUCUGGUAGCAAUUAGAUGUGACUGCUGUUGCUACAUUUUGUACCUCUUCCAUUUGCUUAUGUGAUCACUGCCUUCUUCAUGUUCCUUUGCUAUGUUUUAUUCACAUUUAGCUUUUGAUAUUGUAGUAUAUCUGCCGUGAGUAUGUGUCUCCAAAGAUCCUGUGUCUCUGUUUCUAUAUCUUAAAUCCUAACAUAAAAGAGAACUUUAAGCCAUGUGUGUGCUAGCUAACCAUGAGAAAUAUGGUGCAUCACCCAUAUGCUUUUCAUCUUCAUAUCUACUGACUAAUCUCCAUGAUCUUUACAAUGGUCUGACUCAUAGCUGUCUCUGUGAGGAAAGAGAUUCUAAUUGAUAGCAAUCAUGAUCUCAGAGAAUGAAAUUUUUUACAAUCAUGAUUUGGCAUUUUGCUGUAAAGUAUUUUGUGUACACAUCCAUCUGCUUCCCUCAAGUCUGGUAUUGUGAGACAUUGUCAUUUGUUCUAGAAGCUAGUUUCAAUGCACUAUCAGUUGCUCUUUUACUAUGUAUUGGCUGUCAUCAUAUGCAACAUAUGGAUUUUCUACAUGGAAGAGAAAGUUAGGCAGUUUAAUGUAAAGUUCUUGGGAAGUAUGUGCCAUUUACUGCUCUAAAUCUAAUCAUAUUCCUUCCUGUUUCUUUUACUGAUUUCAAAUGAAAAAGGUGAUUCAUGCAUAAUCUGUUGCUGGACAACUUUUUGUAUCAUGUGAAACAAUAUUUCCUGCCUGUGCACACGUGUGUACAGUCAUACAGAGUUUUAAACAAAAUUUUGGUUAUCCAGCCUUGAAUGCCAUAAUAAUGGGAAAUUCCUGGUUUCUUAACGGAGUCGUCCUGAAAUGUAGAAUUCAGUGGAGCUUAACAGCUCUUCAGAGUAUUGGAAACUCCCCACCCAGCUUACAAAGGGGAAUUGACAAAGGCUGUAUCCCACAUGCAAUUUGAAAGGGCCCUUUCUGAAUCAAGAUGGCAUGACAGGGAGAGGAGGAGCAAAACAGUCCCAGUUCAUCAUGUUUUCAUACAUAUAUGAAAUACAUAUAUAUACCUGUGUAAAUGUAACUGUCAUGUAAACAACACUUGUAUUUUUAUGAACUUUGGCUCUUAUCAUAUGCUCUGAGUUCUAAAUAUACCCAAACUGUCAAGUCUGGUUUUAGAUAUAUUGUAGGAAUAAUACAUCCAUUAUUAACUUUUUUAAAAAUACCUGUCUUUAUAAAAUAUAAAUCUGUACAUAUAUGUAUAUAUACAUAAAUAUAAUUGUUAUGUAUAAAAUGUGUUGGUUACAUAUAUAUAUAUAUAUAUAUAUAUAUAUAUAUAUAUAAAAUCAAUACAAAAUAUAUGUAUAGAUGUUUUAUGUUUAUGUGUGCACAAGGAAAGGUUUUAAAUUAUGGAUUCUUCCCACUUCAGUAAUCCUUGGAAGGAUUUUCUCCCAGUGAAAACUUGUAUUUUAAUUUUUGAAAAUAACACAAUAAAUAUAUGUUAUCCUUACUCUAA